UGCGACGCUGCACUUUCUUCGUACUUUAUUCAAAUUUUCAGUAACCAUUCUCUCUUUCUCUUACCUUUAUUUUUUCAUUUUUCUACUCCUUACUCGUAAAGUUAUACAAUACACUUUUAAUUAUUGGAUACUUCCCUCACAUACAUAACUCUUGCUUCAAUGAUUUCAAAUGUAAUAUAAAUUCUUAGUUAACACUCAUCUCUUGCACCAGAAUGUGUUACAUUUUUCCGUUGAUAAUUGCAGUCGAGUUUAAAUUUCAUAUUACCAUGGAGAUUAAAUUAUUGCAGCGCACAGUAACCCAGCUAUUCGGUAUAUGAAACAGUUCAUUUUGAUGGAUGUUAUAAUCCAAGUGGGUGGGGGUAAAAUAAAUAAAGAUGAAAUUAUUGUAGUAUAUACAUACACACAGUACCUUGGAGAUGGUCAGAUUCCACUUAAAAGCAUGAUUAAACGGUUCUGAUGUCAUCAUAAUUAACCCUGGCUUUCUUCUUACCGUCAGAUCAUUGAACUCCCAUUAUUACAAAAAGUUUUAUUUUUUCACAUUCUGUUUGUGGUGGUCCCUGUGACUUAACCUCAUAUCCAGCCGUGCAUCGCGUACCAACCCUAUCAUUAGAUUCCCUCUUACCAUACACCUCCCCGCAGAGUAUCUCCACACUCACUUACUGAGCCGCGAUAAGCGACCCUCGUCCCGUUUUCUGCGGCUGCCGGAUAUAAUCUCCUGCUCUCUCAUUCAAUCCAACGGCUGUGGUUAGACUCUUAAAGAACACGUGGCGAGAUCGUAGUAGACAGAUCACAAUCACCGAAAAGCCCUCACAUGGAGAUGUUUAACCACGGUUAACAUUUAACCGAACCAGAGUUGGCUUGACCUUCUUCCCCUAUCCUUCUCUCUUCUCUCUGCUCCUUCUUCCUCACAAUCUAGUAAUCUCCGUUAAUGGCGCCUCAGAUCUGCCCCUCCGAUAUUUAAACUCCUUCUUCAAACUCUUCCAAUUUCCUCAGAUCUCUCGAGUUUUUCUUUUCUUAUCAACGCAAAUGUAUAAGCGAGUGGCCUUAUCGUUCCCCGAGGAAGUCCUCGAGCACGUGUUCUCCUUCAUCCACGUGGACAAGGACAGGAACUCGGUAUCCCUGGUGUGCAAGUCGUGGUACGAGAUCGAGCGGUGGUGCAGGAGGAGAGUCUUCAUCGGGAACUGCUACGCCGUGAGCCCCGCGGCGGUGAUUCGGAGGUUCCCUAAGGCGAGAUCCGUGGAGCUGAAGGGGAAGCCGCACUUCGCGGACUUCAAUCUGGUGCCCGAGGGGUGGGGAGGGUACGUGUACCCGUGGAUAGAGGCGAUGUCGGCGUCGUACACGUGGCUGGAGGAGAUAAGGCUGAAGAGGAUGGUGGUGAGCGACGAGUGCUUGGAGCUUAUAGCCAAGUCGUUUAAGAAUUUUAAAGUGCUCGUGCUUUCCUCGUGCGAUGGAUUCUCCACGGAUGGGCUCGCUGCUAUCGCUUCGAGCUGCAGGAAUCUGAAAGAGCUUGAUUUGCGUGAGAGUGAUGUUGACGACGUUAGCGGACACUGGCUUAGCCAUUUCCCUGAUACGUACACUUCUUUGGUUUCGCUCAAUAUCUCAUGCUUAGUCUCCGAGGUCAGUUUCUCUGCUCUGGAGCGGCUGGUGUGUAGGUCUCCCAACCUCAAAUCACUGAAGCUUAACCGAGCUGUUCCUCUUGAGAAGUUGGCUGCUUUACUUCAAAGAGCUCCUCAGCUGGAGGAAUUUGGCACUGGUGUGUACAGUGCUGAAGUGCGUCCGGAUGUGCUCUCUGGUUUGUCUGUAGCUAUCUCUGGGUGCAAGAAAUUGAAGUGGUUAUCUGGGUUUUGGGAUGCUCUUCCUGCGUAUCUUCCUGCAGUUUAUUCGGUUUGCAGUGGACUUACAACUUUGAACUUGAGUUAUGCAACAGUCCAGAGCUAUGAUCUUGUCAAGCUUCUUAGUCAAUGUCCUAAAUUGCAGCGCCUCUGGGUGUUGGACUACAUCGAGGAUGAUGGUCUUGAAAUGCUUGCUUUGACCUGCAAGGACCUUCGAGAGCUGAGGGUGUUUCCGUCUGAGCCUUUUGUGAUGGAGCCGAACGUUGCGUUGACAGAACAAGGGCUUGUCUCCGUCUCCGCAGGCUGUCCGAAACUCGAGUCGGUUCUCUACUUCUGCCGUCAAAUGACCAAUGCUGCGCUGGUAACCAUUGCUAGGAACCGUCCCAACAUGACCCGCUUCCGUUUGUGCAUCAUUGAGCCGAAAGCCCCUGACCAUCUGACUCUAGAGCCACUGGAUGUGGGAUUCGGAGCCAUAGUGGAGCACUGCAAAGAUCUCCGGCGGCUCUCCCUGUCAGGGCUGUUGACCGACAAGGUCUUCGAAUACAUUGGGACGUAUGCAAAGAAGAUGGAAAUGCUGUCAGUGGCGUUUGCAGGAGACAGUGACUUGGGGAUGCAUCAUGUUCUGUCAGGGUGCGAGAGCUUGAGGAAGCUAGAGAUAAGGGACUGCCCCUUUGGAGACAAGGCGCUUUUGGCAAAUGCUUCGAAGCUGGAGACAAUGCGAUCUCUUUGGAUGUCUUCGUGUUCCGUGAGUUUUGGAGCCUGCAAGUUAUUAGGACAGAAGAUGCCAAAGCUCAAUGUGGAAGUGAUCGAUGAAAGGGGUCCGCCUGACUCGAGACCCGAGAGCUGCCCUGUUGAAAGAGUGUUCAUAUACCGAACAGUGGCGGGUCCUCGGUUUGACAUGCCUGGUUUCGUCUGGAACAUGGACCAACAACACUCAGCAAUGAGGUUUUCCAGGCAAAUCAUCACUACUAACGGGUUAUAGAUAUAAACGAGGUACAUUUUUUCAUUAAUCCAAGUUCAUCAUCUCCUAUAUAAAUUGUUCCUGUUUAGGAAUACGAGAGAGAGAGAGAUAGCUGGGCCUCCAUUAAUUUAAUUAUGGGCUGCUGCUUCAUAUAACCAACCAAGCUCAGGAUCACUGGAUAAGUGAGGAGAGAGAGAGAGAGAAAGAGAUCUGAGAGACCUUUGUAUUUUUAUAUUGUUGUCUGUAUGUUUGUCUACUUAGUGAGAGAUCCUGGUGAGGUAUUAUUUUCUUCAAGAGGAUGAUAAAAGAUUUUUUAAAAGACAAUUGCCAAAAAUGUAACUGUUCUACUUGUUUGAAUCUUUGUAUCAAUCAUUUCAAAUGUC